AUGGAUACUAGUAUUGUUCAUGGAAGAGCAAUAUACUUAUUUACAAGACCAGAUGGUACUGUUUCAGUUGAGAAACCAUCAUGCUGCAGGAGAAUAUUUCCUGAAACAGAGACGAUGAACAAAGAACACAGAGUUUUUGGAAAAAAAGAAAUUGAUGUUGCAAAUCGAACAAAAUGGAACAGAUUACUAAAAAGACUAUCACCAACAAACGAAGAUGAUGUCUUUAACAGUGCAGAAAGUAUCUGUGCUGAUAUAGAUGAUCUUCUUAAAGAUGAUGUUUAA